GAGUAUCAUCAUCAGCCGUACGACGCCCACUGCUGGGCAUAGGCCUCCCCCACCUUAACUGAGUAUCAAUUGUAUUUAAUUCCCAGUUGUUUUUGGGUGUUUUCACUGGUUAAUCGGCCCAAUGGAAUUAAUUUUCCCUUUAACCCACCAGUGACAGUGAUAGACGCGUACUCUACCUACGCUUUAUGAAUGUGUAAAUAAAGCCUAACCUCAAAUUUGGCUCUAUGGGCUACGUCCCCUUUGCCUGUCCUACGAACAAAAUAAAACAAAAAACCUAACCUCAAAAUUACACAGCGGAUUGUUUUUUGUUGUUGUAUAGUAAUUUUCAUUUGAAUAUUUGUUAUUAAUUUUUAUACCGGUCGUAGGACAUUAAAAUUUCAAAAUGAGUACGAGUAAAGAAGAUGCGAUAAAAGAAAAAGUAUUAAACGUUGCAAAGAAGAAUCCUAAAGGAAUAUCGGAUAAAGACAUAACUGCAGCGAUACCAGAAAUAUCUCCAGCUGAACUUGUUGCGGUCAUCAACUCUCUCUUGCAGCAGGGUUGCAUUGAUAUAUACAAUCAAGGAGGCUCACUCAUAUACAAACUUAAAGCACAAGCCAGCAAACAAGCUGUGAAAGGAGCUGAUAAUGAAGAGAAAGUUGUGUAUAAUUUGAUUGAAGAGGCUGGGAACAAAGGAAUAUGGAUCCGUGAUAUCAGAAUACGUUCGAACUUGGCCAACACACAAUUAACUAAAGUAUUGAAAAGUUUAGAAAGCAAGAAAGUUAUAAAAGCUGUGAAAUGUGUCAAUGCAUCAAAGAAAAAGGUGUAUAUGCUAUACAACUUAGAGCCUGACAGAUCAAUAUCAGGUGGAGCAUGGUAUCAGGACCAGGAUUUUGAAUCUGAGUUUGUGGAUAUUCUCAACCGGCAGUGCCUUAGGUUUCUACAACAAAGAGCAGACAAAAUUAAGAAUAAUCCCCGAGGACCAAUUGUUGGAAGAACACAGAGCUAUGCAACAGCUGCUGAAGUACAAAAGUACAUCACUGACUUAGGAAUAAGUAAUGUAAAACUAGAAGUAGAAGAUGUGAUAACUAUCCUUAAUACAUUAGUUUAUGAUGGGAAGGCAGAGAGCAGCGUGUAUCCAGAUGGAAGCAAGGUGUACCGAGCCAUAGAACCUCUCUUGCCAGCUCCAGGGCUUGUGCAAGUACCCUGUGGUAUCUGUCCUUUAAUCCACAAAUGUCGCUCUACUGGACUAGUCACCCCUCAAGACUGUGUAUAUAUGAAUGAAUGGUUAGAUGUAUAAGUAUUGUAUGAAUAAAAAUGUUAUCAAAACCUUUAAA